UUGUUGUUCAUUUCGGGCACACCCAAAGACCUGAUUACCGGUCUUCGUAGUCCGACCCGUACCCGAUUACGUGUUCAAUCCUCGCCGUGCAUUGCGACCCAUUGGGUUGCGGUCAUCCAUCCGGUUCAUGUGGCGACAACAAGCCCGUUGGCAACAACGCCAAGCCCGACGUCAAAGUGACACGGGGGAUGCAGGCUCAUCUGGAAGCCAAUCGGGCCACCCGGCCAAUCCGGCUAACCCGGCUGGUGCCGGAAGUCAGCGGGUCACGUCAUCCGGAUCGCGAGGCCCUCGGGGCCAUCGGGGACGAGGGCGAGGACGACCAGGGGGGCGGGGACGAGGGCGAGGGGGCAGGAUGGGGCCCGAAAAGCCACGGGAGACAACUUUGGCCAAACCUUGGAUCGACCUGGGACUACAAUCGCAAAUGCGGCAACUCGAUUCACUUUUAGUCAAAGCCAAGCAAAGUCGCCAGGCCGCCGACAUGGACCAAUACCACCUGCAACGCGACAAGGUCCAAUCCAUCGAGGAGCACAACCGAAUGGCCUUUUUCGCGGCCCAUCCGGAUGAGGAAGAGUUUUGGUUGCCCCGAUUGGCCUUGGAAGCCGGACGCAUGCCUCAAUACUGUGAGAUGUGCGAGCUCACCUUCGACACGGCUCAAGCAUUGAGCCAACACGAACAAGAUCAUGAAACUUGCGGUUUGGAAGGUUGCACCUUUACCGCGGGUCCAGAGCAAUUGGAGACGCACAUCGUGGAUCUGCACGCCAGUGGGUUAUACGCCCGCAUGAGUCGCGGGAAGGGUCCAGCCGAGGUGGAGGCCUGGCGCGCAGAGCGGAAGCGAGCUUGGCCCACGCACGCCCGCACGCAGCUGGAAGCGGCUAAGAAGGUCGAAGCCCUUCGUCGAGUCGAAGAACGCAAUGAGCGAUUCAAAGCUGAACAAUCGCUGAUUAAUGAAUGGGUCCAGAAACGCCGACGCGAUAUGGAAGCUCGGCGACGAGAAAUCGCACUGAUUGAGGAACGCGAGGGCGGGAAUCCUUCGAAUGCAAGUCAGCCCAGACUGGGUCUUAAAAAUAAGCGCCAGCGGCGUCAAGCCUCUAAAAAAGCUGGCGCCCAGAGGUGCAAACCCGAACAACGCAUUCGCGUCCAAAAGACCACGCUGAGGUUGGCCCAAUCGGAUGACAGCGAUGACGAGAAUUGGUGCUCGGGCGUACCUAUGUUUCGGGGCACGGCUAGUCUGAGGCAGUUAUCUAAUGCCACCUUGAAAGUGAUGGAGGCCAAUGAGAACAUCAGCCGCACUAUAGGUAGUCCCAUGCGGGUCUCAGAUCAUGAAGAACUUGACGAUGAACCUCCCACCGAAGAACCCAUUGAAAAGCGCAUCCUGGCUUCUGAUGCAGGAGCCAAUCCUGCCGAUGAAGCGCCCAACUCCGUAGAAGAGGCGCGGGCCAUGAAUCCACCCAAGAAGAUACCCAAUAUGACACACUUACCUCGGGUUCAGCGAGUGAACAAACCCGCGAAUUUGGCCCAGGUUCUCUUUCCUAAACUGGCGCGAUCUUCCGCGCCCAAACGCCCUUCUACCCUUUUGCAAAAUCUGCUGACCAAAGAAAUCCGCGAGGAGCGGUCCGAACUGCUGCAAUGUGUUCGAUUUGUAUGUCAGCGCGAGUUCUUUGCCCAAGGGAAAUAAAAUCCAUUGCGUAAUUUCA